GUUUAAGGGCAACGUGGCUUCCUCGAUCUCGUGAGAUUCUUUCGGUGACGCACGACGAGAGACCAUUGAGCGGGUGAAGCGUGUGCUUGAAGACUCCACCGAGAACUCGUCGACGAUGGAGAGAAAGAAGCCAAGGGGUAUCUUGGAGCGACUAAAUGCUGGGGAGGUGGUUGUAGGUGAUGGAGGUUACGUGAUGCAGCUGGAGCGCCGUGGCUAUGUGAAGGCUGGACACUGGACACCUGAGGCGGCUGUAGAACAUCCUGAAGCAGUGAGGCAGCUGCACAGGGAGUUCCUGAGAGCAGGAGCCAAUGUGAUUCAGACGUUCACCUUCUACUGCAGCGAGGAUAAACUGGAGAUCAGCGGCAAUGUCCCCAACAUUACCGGGGCUCAGAUCAACGAGGCAGCUUGUGACCUGGCCAGGGAGGUCGCCAAUGAGGGGGAGGCCUUGGUCGCCGGCUGCGUGUCCAAGACUCCCUGUUAUGUGGAUACUCACAAUGAGACUGAAGUCAAGGCCAUCUUUAAGAAACAGAUGGACGACUUCCUCAAGAAGGAGAUUGAUUUCUUUAUUGCAGAGUUCUUUGAGCAUGUGGAAGAGGCGGCGUGGGCCGUGGAGGUGCUGAAGACCGGCGGUAAACCAGUGGGUGCAACACUGUGCAUCUCCCCUGAGGGAGACAUGCACGGAGUCCCGCCUGGAGAGUGUGCUGUCAGGCUGGUCAGAGCCGGAGCUGACAUUGUUGGAAUAAACUGCCAUUUGGAUCCUCUGACGUGUGUUCGCACGGUGAAGUUGAUGAAAGCAGGAUUAGAGAAAGCUGGUCUCAAAGCUCAUCUCAUGAUCCAGCCUCUGGGCUUCCACACACCUGAGUGCAACCACAGCGGAUAUCUCACGCUACCCGAGUUCCCGUUCGCAUUGGAGACCAGAGCGAUGACCCGCUGGGACGUCCAUCAAUACGCCCGAGAGGCUUACAACGCCGGCAUUCGCUACAUCGGUGGCUGCUGUGGAUUCGAGGCCUACCACAUCAGAGCCAUAGCAGAGGAGCUGGCUGCAGAGAGAGGAUUCCUCCCACCGGCGUCAGAGAAGCACGGCCUGUGGGGAGCUGCUCUGGAGAUGCACACUAAACCGUGGGUCAGAGCCAGGUCUCGUCGAGAGUACUGGGAAAAGCUUUUACCUGCUUCUGGACGCCCCAAAUGCCCCUCCAUGGCUACACCAGCUGAUGAAUAAUGAGGCUCAUCAAUAGCAUGUGCUGUAUAUGGUGCUGCGAUAUUCUGUGUAAUCAUACAAUCUUGAUGAAUGUGUUAUGACUGGCCAGAUAAAAACUGUGAACUACUAAAAUAAUAAUACUUUACAUAAAAAGAAAGCCUGAUAUUUUUGUUGAUUUGUUUAACAGGACAUAGUCAGUUCUCCCUCACCUGCAGUUCAUUUCAUACGUUCCUCAUUACCAGUCACACAGGUUUACUUACAGUAGUUAAUUUAUUCGUAUACUAACAUGUGUAAGCCACACAGCUUCUAAAGCUCAAGGUUUAACCAAGAUAUUAUUUGUCACUGGCUCAAAUUAAAGGAUACUAACCGGUCGUUGCACUAUA